GGCGCAGAGCGGCCGGGCUGCGCCGGCUGCCGGAGCGUUGGGCCCGUGGGAAAGCGCCCUUCCUCUUCUUCCGCGGCCCUCCUCGGGGCCGCCUCUGCCCGAGGAAAGCCCGCCCAGAAGAGGCGAAGCCCUGGCCGUGCUGGGCGCCGGCAGCCGCGCCGUAGAGGAGACGCGGUCGGCGGCGGAGCAGGAGCGGCGCCUGCUGGGGACGGUUGGCUGCAGGCCGGCUAGCCGGAGAGCUUCCGCGGGGGCGGCGUGGAAGCUCCGCAGCCAGGCGCGGGGCAUGGGGGCCGCCGGGCGGCUGCGGGCCGCGCUGUGGGCCCUGCUCCUCCCGCUGAUAAGUGCCCAAGGAGGAGCUCUGCAUGCAGUUCAGAAUGACAGUCCCCAUUUAACAAAGGACUAUUGCAUCUAUUAUAAUACUUACUGGACUACCCUUCCUGAUAGUUUAUCUAACAUUGCAUAUGCAGAACUGGAGUUCUUGACCCCCAAAAUGCUGUGUAGCCCAUCUGAGGUUACCCAAGAUAUCAAGAACAAAGCAAUCGUCGUGAAGAGGGGAAAUUGCAGUUUCCUAGAAAAGGCAGAGAUUGCUCAACAGCUUGGUGCUAAAUUCGUGCUGGUGGCCAGUGACUCUCCCAUACAUCCUCCUGGAGGGAACAAGAGCAAGGGUAUCACCAUUCCUGUUGCUCUCAUUAAAAGCAGAGAUAUAAUUGAUUUGGAACAGACUCUUGGACGAAACGUUAAUGUGGCGCUCUAUUCGCCACCUGAACCACUCUUUGAUUAUAGUAUGGUGAUCAUGUUCCUAAUCGCAAUGUUCUGUGUGUCCCUUGGAGGCUACUGGAGCGGUAGGGCAGAGCUUGAGAAGCUGAAGCGCGGCUCCACCCCUGGAAGCAAUGACUCAUUAUCGGACGAAGAAUCCCUAACUUUAACCCCUGUGUCAGUUGUCAUAUUUGUGACCUCCUGUUGCAUUAUGCUGGUCUUGAUGUAUUACUUCUACAAAUGGCUCGUGUACGUUGUGAUUUCCAUUUUCUGCAUAGCAUCUGUUUCAAGCAUGUACUUCUGUCUCUCUGCCCUACUUAAAAAAAUACCUUAUGGACAAUGCAGGUUUCCAUGCUGGAACCACGCCAUUGAAGUGAGGCUUGUUUUCCUCCUCCUGUUUUGCAUAGGACUGUCUGUUACCUGGGCUGUGUUUCGGAAUGAGAAUAGCUGGGCUUGGAUUUUACAAAAUAUCAUGGGAAUUUCUUUCUGUCUGAACUUUAUUAGAACACUCAAAAUGCCCAACUUCAAGUCAUGUGUGAUUCUUCUAGGUCUCCUUCUUUUAUAUGAUGUAUUUUUUGUCUUCAUCACACCAUUCAUUACAAAAAGUGGGGAAAGCAUCAUGGUUGAAGUUGCAGCAGGGCCUUUUGAAAGCAGUGAGAAGAGUGAUGGAAACUUGGUGGAUGCCUCUGCUGAGCAGUCAGCUCCUCAUGAGAAAUUGCCUGUGGUCUUCAAGGUGCCCAGGAUGGAAUGGUCACCAGCAACGUUGUGUAUGAGACCAUUUUCAUUACUUGGAUUUGGUGAUAUUGUUGUGCCAGGUCUCCUGGUUGCGUACUGUCACAGAUUUGAUGUUCAGACAAGCUCUUCCUCUGUGUAUUUCAUUUGCUGCACCAUAGCUUAUGGUGUCGGCAUGUUGAUCACCUUCUUGUGUCUGAUAUUUAUGAAGAUGCCGCAACCAGCUCUUCUCUAUUUAGUGCCGUGCACGCUCAUAGCUUGUACCCUGGUUGCCUUGUACCGCAAAGAGAUGAAAAAAUUCUGGAAUGGUAACAGCUAUCAGGUGAUGAAUUCUGCUUCUAAUGAAGAAAAUGCCACACAAGCCACUGAACACCAUGAAGGACAAUAAUACAUCAUCAAAAAUAACGUACUAUGAUUUUCUACUCAAAUAAUAGAGACUGGUUUAAUUUUUAAACUGGAAUAUUUCAUACACUUUAUUAUGAAAAGAAUUGCCUUUUUUACACUUGCACAUAUAUUUUUGUGAAAAGUUUACUAUUGAUGCUCUCAGAGUUGUUAGAACCUGUUAUUUCUUGAGGUACUAAACCAUAUUCAAUAAACCUGUGCCUUGCUUCACUUCUAAAGAUUGUUGCCUGUGAGAUAGAUAGUACUUCUAAUCAAUUGUCCAAUUUGCUCCUGGAUCUGAGGCUUUCCAACUGAGACUUUAUUUGAAGCAUUUUGGAGCAGAAUAAUACAGACCACAAGUGUCUUACCAGAGGCCCAGCUAGCAGAAAAUGCCAGAUGAUAACUUGGUUGGGCCAUAGGUUCCUAUGCAAACACAGGAAAGCAUCGAUGGGCAACUGUUACAUGCAACCAUGUAAUUCCAUGCUUGUACUUCCCAAAACUACAUUAUCCCAUAAUGCAGUUCCCAGAACUCCAGGGUGAUGCCAAUAUUUGGUAGCAAAAUAUAUGUUGGAUCGCAUCCAAUGAUUAUCCCUCAAAAGAGGAAAACGGGCACUGAAGCCUCAACAUUCCCAUUUUUUAAAACCUUAAACCAUGAAAAAAAAAAACGCUGAAACGUUCAGCCCUGCCUUUUCCAUUUUCUAGAGGUGUCACUGUCACACUCUCUUCAUCUUCAAUGGCUGAAGGAAAAAGAUGCACAAAAAGGGUCCCCACCCCUAUAAGACGUAAGGGGUUAGGAACUCACAAAGUGAAUGAGCAAUGGAAGACGGGUCAGCUGAGAUGAGCCCGUUAACUCAUUUCUGUUAUAAAUAGGAGUUCCAGCGCUUAGUCCAUCAUGGACUAAUGAAUAUUAUUGAAAAAGAGUUUUAAGAUAAAAAUAGGAACAAAAACCAGAAACUUCUUUUUCCCUUUUAAACAUAAAUAUGUUUAAUAAAAGUUCUAAGUUUCAAAAUCAGGGAUUUGUUUUCAGUUCUUCCCUGAUUGCAGCUGAGAAGGGAAGCUACGGUAGAAAUGGAGGGGGAACAUAGCAAGAUAGGUAGAUUCUCCUAACUUUCUUGGAAAUGACAGAAUUAACAUAACUUUAAGCUCUCGGUAGGCAUGCAGUAGGGGACCUAAUAAUUCUGAUUAUAGUGGUUAUCUUUUCUUAGAGAUGUAAUUCUUAACUGUAGUAACUCAUACACAGGAAGUGCUACAAAAUCUAAAUGAAUAUUCAUUCUCAAUUAAGAUGGCCAGGCUUUCCUUUCUUUUGCAUUUUCUAAGCAUCCGUGAAUAAGUUCAACUCUGGUGUAUUUUUUAUUUUUAUUAAGUAGAAAAACAAUAGGAAAAGCACAAAAAGAAAAGGAAAGGAAUACAUAUACAUAUACAUAUAUAUAUAUACACACACACACACACAUAUACAUACAUACAUACAUACACACAUACAUAAAAAUACCUAACAUUGUAAUUCUUAACUCAUCUUUUAUUGUUAUCACUGUAACAAAUCUCAUUAUUUGAAUUUUUAUUUCAACCUACACCUCAGUGCAAAGCUUACGCAAUGUUCAUAAUAUUAAUAAAAAAAUUAAACUAGUAUUUUGAUUUGAAAUAGAUUUCCUGUUUUUAACAUCUUCUGGAAGUGCUAAUGAACAGACGUCUCAUAAGUUUGAGCAGCAACAUAGUUUUAAACCAAAGAUACUGGGAGGAAUGUGGUUAAGAAAAGAAAAGGGAAAAAAAGACUACUAGCAAUGACUUAGUUCAGAUGUAAUGGGAGAACAACAGUGUAACACAGGCUUCUCAUUUGGUGUCUUCCAGAUACUUUAGCACUGCAGCUCCAGAAUAUUGUUGAGAAUUCUGGGAAUUGUAUUUCCCACAUGUUUAGAAGGCAUAAAGUUGGGAAAAGCUGGAGUAACUAGAUAGCAUAGAUCUUUUCUUGUGGACCAAGUGAAGAGAUGAAGCUUUUAAAACUUUUAACUGUUUUUCAUGAUGUUUUCACUCAGGAGAAAUAGACUUCAUUUAAACUAAACUUCAUUUAAGCUAAUGAGAACAAGUCUAAAAAGCAGUUUAAAAGCACCCUCUAUCCUUUUUAAUAGUUCCACAUUUGUAAGUCACCUCCACAAAAGAGGGCCCAUAAAGCAAGAAUUUCCUCUAAAUUUGUAGGCUGUCUCAUAGCAACUUAAAAUUUUGAUUUUGUGUGGAUUUCUAAUUUAGGGUGACACUUAGACACAUGAAGAAGGUUGUCUUCAUGAGAUCUUCCCUCCCAUGCCCCAAGAUGUAGGCAAUGAAAGGUGGAAUAGAUAGAAGCAUCAUAGCUACAAUUCCUUAGUCCAGAUAGCAGAUUAUAUUAUGUUCAGGGACUUUCCUGGACCAUUUUACAGAAGAGUUUCCAUUCACUGUUGAGGAGACAAAGAAAUGGAAGAUGACCUACAUUUUCUUGCUGUACCGUUGGGAUCUUCUAUACAUUUCCUUGUAAGGGACAGGAGCAUGCUGCUGGGAUAUUUCCUGUCUUUUUAAAAAAAAUCAUUAUUGAUGGACCUUUAUUUAUUUAAUUAUCACCUGAGUCCUUUCUGUCAAAAGGCUUAUUGAUCAUGUGAGAUACUGUACAUUUGAAAGAACCAAGGAUGCAGAGCAGGGAUCCAAUUAGUGACUGACCAUCAGGUUUAUAGACCUGAAAAACUUGAAACAAGAACUACCAAGCUUUCUUAUCCUAUUCCCAACACAAUCCAUCUUUCUUUUUACUCUUAAUUAUUCUUUAGUCAACAUGAAUUCAAACACUGACAGACUUCCAUUUUAACACUGGUUGUAAUAACUCAAGUGAAACUGAAACUUAAAUUUACAUGAUGGACACAAAAGAGAUCCUUUUCUCUUAAAAUGUCUUUGAUGUGAUAAGAGGCAAGGUUAAAUUGUAGAUAAAAGGUUUUAGUUUUAGUUUUGUUUUUGUUUUGUUUAAUUUUGCUGGGUUUGGGGGAAUGAAAGACAGCCAGAAAUGUCUUGACUUUAGAAACUGAAUAGACUUUGUCUAUUUUUUUUACAUUAUGCUUGAUAAUUUGGAAUUUUUUUUAAAAAAAAGAUCAAUAAUUUUAUUUGUACAGGAAUGUCAAAUGUAAUCUUGUUUAAUGACUAAGGUUCAUUGGAUUACAUUUGUAAGGAAUACAGUGUUUCUCAACCUUAGCCAACUUGAAGAUGAGUGGACUUCAACUCCCAGAAUUCCCCCAGCCAGCUGGUGAUACCAUGAUACUAGCUGGCUAGGGGAAUUCUGGGUGAAGUCCACUCAUCUUCAAGUUGCUAAGGCCGAGGAACACUGAUCUAACAGGUUAUUCACUGAACAUGCAUUUGCUUUUUUUGGAGAGUGAGAUGAGUAAGUAUGAUUCAAAUUAUGACAAAUGUUCCAAGGAUUCUCAUUUUGAAAUGUCAAAUUAACUCUGUCUGCAUGGAUUAUUUAACAAUAUUCUUUAAAGUUGGAUAUUUUUAACUAGUGGCCACUGAAUUGCAUUGGAUACUUACGAAAAGUGCUUAAAAAUUCAGUUGGCCAUUUUCACUUUAAGAGCCUUAGUAAUAACAUUAAUCAUAGUGCUUUUAUGGCAAUAAUCCAUUCUGAUAAUCACCUUCCUUACUGCUUUAUUUCUGAAACAUUGUAUAUUUUUGUUUUCUAAGAUUAUUAUAAUUUGGAAAAACAUUUUGUAUCAAAUAAACUUUCAGCAAUAAUUGGGGUAUUAUCCUUGUGUUAUUUCCUGUCUGGUUUACACAUUAAAGUAUAGCCUUGCUCACGUCAA